GCGUAUCAUAGCGAGUCAUCGCGACAUUAUAAAAGCGAGCGUCGCGUCGUUCCCAGCUCAAUAGCCUGUGUGUUUGAACGAGAGAAGUACGUUUUACGUUGCAUCAAAUUCCUUAAUUGUUCGCGAAUCUACAAUAGCCAGAAGCUUUCACGCAAAAGAGCACCAUGCAGAUUUUCGUGAAAACGUUAACUGGAAAAACCAUAACUCUCGAAGUUGAAGCCUCUGACACUAUCGAGAACGUGAAGGCGAAGAUUCAGGACAAAGAGGGUAUUCCACCUGAUCAGCAGCGCUUGAUUUUUGCUGGAAAACAACUUGAGGACGGACGUACCUUGUCCGAUUACAAUAUUCAGAAGGAAUCCACUCUCCAUCUGGUUCUCAGAUUACGUGGCGGAAUGCAGAUCUUUGUCAAAACCUUGACGGGAAAGACCAUUACGUUGGAAGUCGAAGCAUCAGACACGAUCGAGAAUGUCAAAGCGAAAAUUCAAGACAAGGAAGGUAUCCCACCAGAUCAGCAAAGAUUGAUUUUUGCUGGAAAACAACUUGAAGACGGUCGCACGCUUUCUGAUUACAAUAUUCAGAAAGAAUCUACUUUGCACUUGGUUCUUCGUCUACGUGGUGGUAUGCAAAUUUUUGUCAAGACCUUGACAGGAAAGACUAUUACUUUGGAGGUAGAGGCUUCGGAUACAAUUGAGAAUGUCAAGGCUAAGAUCCAAGACAAAGAGGGAAUUCCUCCCGAUCAACAGAGAUUGAUUUUCGCGGGCAAGCAGCUGGAGGACGGACGCACCUUGUCAGAUUAUAAUAUUCAAAAGGAAUCCACUCUGCAUUUAGUUUUACGACUUCGCGGAGGUAUGCAGAUUUUCGUCAAGACUCUCACUGGCAAAACUAUCACAUUGGAAGUCGAAGCGUCGGACACGAUCGAGAAUGUCAAAGCCAAAAUUCAGGACAAAGAAGGCAUCCCUCCGGAUCAGCAGAGAUUGAUCUUUGCUGGAAAACAACUCGAAGAUGGCCGCACACUUUCCGACUAUAAUAUUCAGAAGGAAUCAACUUUACAUUUGGUUCUUCGACUACGUGGUGGUAUGCAAAUUUUCGUCAAGACUUUAACUGGUAAAACAAUCACACUGGAAGUCGAGGCAUCUGAUACGAUUGAGAAUGUUAAAGCCAAAAUUCAGUACAAGGAAGGCAUUCCCCCAGAUCAGCAGAGAUUGAUCUUUGCUGGAAAACAACUCGAAGACGGCCGCACACUUUCCGACUAUAAUAUUCAGAAGGAAUCAACUUUACAUUUGGUUCUUCGACUACGUGGUGGUAUGCAGAUCUUUGUCAAGACCCUCACUGGUAAAACUAUCACAUUGGAAGUUGAGGCAUCUGAUACGAUUGAGAAUGUUAAAGCCAAAAUUCAGGACAAGGAAGGCAUUCCCCCAGAUCAGCAGAGAUUGAUCUUUGCUGGAAAACAACUCGAAGACGGCCGCACACUUUCCGACUACAAUAUUCAGAAGGAAUCAACUUUACAUUUGGUUCUUCGACUACGUGGUGGUAUGCAGAUCUUUGUCAAGACCCUCACUGGUAAAACCAUCACAUUGGAAGUUGAGGCAUCGGACACGAUUGAGAAUGUCAAAGCCAAAAUUCAGGACAAGGAGGGCAUUCCCCCGGAUCAGCAGAGAUUGAUCUUUGCUGGAAAACAGCUCGAAGACGGCCGCACACUUUCCGACUACAAUAUUCAGAAGGAAUCAACUUUACAUUUGGUUCUUCGACUACGUGGUGGUAUGCAGAUCUUUGUCAAGACCCUCACUGGUAAAACCAUCACAUUGGAAGUUGAGGCAUCGGACACGAUUGAGAAUGUCAAAGCCAAAAUUCAGGACAAGGAGGGCAUUCCCCCGGAUCAGCAGAGAUUGAUCUUUGCUGGAAAACAGCUCGAAGACGGCCGCACACUUUCCGACUACAAUAUUCAGAAGGAAUCAACUUUACAUUUGGUUCUUCGACUACGUGGUGGUAUGCAGAUCUUUGUCAAGACCCUCACUGGUAAAACCAUCACAUUGGAAGUUGAGGCAUCGGACACGAUUGAGAAUGUCAAAGCCAAAAUUCAGGACAAGGAGGGCAUUCCCCCGGAUCAGCAGAGAUUGAUCUUUGCUGGAAAACAGCUCGAAGACGGCCGCACACUUUCCGACUACAAUAUUCAGAAGGAAUCAACUUUACAUUUGGUUCUUCGACUACGUGGUGGUAUGCAGAUCUUUGUCAAGACCCUCACUGGUAAAACCAUCACAUUGGAAGUUGAGGCAUCGGACACGAUUGAGAAUGUCAAAGCCAAAAUUCAGGACAAGGAGGGCAUUCCCCCGGAUCAGCAGAGAUUGAUCUUUGCUGGAAAACAGCUCGAAGACGGCCGCACACUUUCCGACUACAAUAUUCAGAAGGAAUCAACUUUACAUUUGGUUCUUCGACUACGUGGUGGUAUGCAGAUCUUUGUCAAGACCCUCACUGGUAAAACCAUCACAUUGGAAGUUGAGGCAUCGGACACGAUUGAGAAUGUCAAAGCCAAAAUUCAGGACAAGGAGGGCAUUCCCCCGGAUCAGCAGAGAUUGAUCUUUGCUGGAAAACAACUCGAAGACGGCCGCACACUUUCCGACUACAAUAUUCAGAAGGAAUCAACUUUACAUUUGGUUCUUCGACUACGUGGUGGUAUGCAAAUUUUCGUCAAGACUUUAACUGGUAAAACAAUCACACUGGAAGUCGAGGCAUCUGAUACGAUUGAGAAUGUUAAAGCCAAAAUUCAGGACAAGGAAGGCAUUCCCCCAGAUCAGCAGAGAUUGAUCUUUGCUGGAAAACAACUCGAAGACGGCCGCACACUUUCCGACUACAAUAUUCAGAAGGAAUCAACUUUACAUUUGGUUCUUCGACUUCGUGGUGGUAUGCAGAUUUUUGUCAAGACCCUCACUGGUAAAACCAUCACAUUGGAAGUUGAGGCAUCGGACACGAUUGAGAAUGUCAAAGCCAAAAUUCAGGACAAGGAGGGCAUUCCCCCGGAUCAGCAGAGAUUGAUCUUUGCUGGAAAACAGCUCGAAGACGGCCGCACACUUUCCGACUACAAUAUUCAGAAGGAAUCAACUUUACAUUUGGUUCUUCGACUACGUGGUGGUAUGCAGAUUUUUGUCAAGACUCUUACCGGUAAAACCAUCACAUUGGAAGUCGAAGCAUCAGACACGAUCGAGAAUGUCAAAGCCAAAAUUCAGGACAAGGAGGGCAUUCCUCCGGAUCAGCAGAGAUUGAUUUUCGCGGGCAAGCAACUUGAGGACGGACGCACCUUGUCAGAUUAUAAUAUUCAGAAAGAAUCCACAUUACAUCUUGUACUCCGUCUUAGAGGCGGAAAUGUCUAAUUCUAUAAUUGUGAUCUUUUCCUUCUAAGUACCUUGCGCUCAAUACUUUAAUUCUAUUUAUAUAAUUCUGUUAUAAAAUAAAAUUUUAUUCAAAGAAAUUUUAAUUUUAUUUAUUUAGAUAUGAAAAUUUUGUGAGAAUUUUGACGAAUAAAGAAUAAUUUUUUU